AUGCCGGACAACAAACUACCAACUCAAGAAACGAUUAACAGAGAAAAAGUGACACAAAAAAUUCAGUCACUGAAUCACAGAGAAAAAAGCGUGACACUCAGAUCAAACUCAUCUGUUGUAAUACGUACAUCAGUUGAUUUGGAGUGUCCAUUUUGUGGAAAAUUUUAUGCAACAAUUGGCCCUCUAGAAAACCAUUUACACAACAUCCACAAAAUAGAUGAAGACAAAGCAAAAAUUAUUUGCAAGUCAACAAACGCAACUCAAACAUUAGUGAAUGCUCUGAAACAACGAGUUCAUCGUCAACAGCGACUCCAUCAAUGGGAUGUAUUGAAAGAUUUACAUAACUACGAUCCAGAAGAAAAGAAAACCAAGGAGUUACUUCAUCAAAAGAUACCAACUCAAUGUUCAGAAUGUAAAAAUUUAAAAGGACGCAAAGAAUGUGGUUUAUGCAAAGUAUGCUGUUUAAACAAAGGAGGUUGCAAUCAUCAUUUCCGAUAUUACAAAGUCAUUGACUCACUUCAAGACUAUUCAGUUAUAAUUGCAGAUUGUGAAACUACAGAUUUCAAAGUCAGAAGUCUUACUGACUUUUAUGCAGACAAUCUUAGCAACAACAGCACUAUUGAAUUUCCACAAUUUAUUCGUCCUAGAAGAAAAAUAGAAAAAUCAGUCGUAGAAUUGACUAAUAUUUCAAAUGAAAUGGUGCUUAACGGAGUGCAUGAAGAUCAAGCAAUUUCUAGAUUGGUUGCAGAGCUUCCGAAAAAAGCAAUAAUUAUGAUUGCUCACAAUUCUCCAUUUGACAAAGAUGCAAUAUUUAAAGCAUACAUGUAUUGGAGGCAGAAAAAACUCUUGCAAUCUAAUUUCAAGGAAAAUCGGUUGAUAUUUGUAGAUUCUUUAGGAAUUAUCAAACAAAAAUUAUUAGAAAAAUUAGAAAAUUACAAGCUCGGAACAAUAUUCAAAACCUUAUUUGAUCGUGAUAUUGUAGAUCAACAUCGAGCAAAAAGUGAUGUUAUUGCAUUGAAGCAAAUAUUGCAACAUCCCAGAAUAUUCGGAAAUGAUGUAAUUAAUUCUGUGAAACGGUACUUGUCGGAGAUCACAAUCGAAGCCAGAGAUUGUAUUGUAUUCGAUGCUAAUGGUAACAAAUUAUGUAAUGAUGAUUUAAUAGAGACUAGAGUAUUAGGAUUGAUUGAAAACAAACGAUAA